AUGGACUCUGUGGGGAUUGAGGAGUUUCGCAUUGACGAGGAUGUUGUUAGCUCAAUCUUACAACUGAGCAAUGAUGAGCUCGAAGGGUUGACAACACUCUAUGGGGAUUCCCCUGACGAUGCAGACAUUGAGCUGUUUAUUUUCACUUGCUUUCUUUUGUUCAAAAGAACUGAUUCUCCCCGGCGGGCUGAGCUGGCCAUCAGAAAGGCUCAGAAAUGGGCUGCUUCUACACCACCGGACCAUAGCCAGUGGAGGCGGCGUCUUGCAAUGAUGAGAUCAAUCAGGAGCAGUGUAAACAUUAGCUGGCCCUUGAUAUACGGAGAUAAGGAAUUAGAAUCGGAUGUUCUGCACAUACUUUACAGCGGAGCUCGGUAUAGACUGACUGGAUCGAUUGAAGACCUUAAUGAUACCAUCAAUUUUAUAGGGUCUCUCUUAAGCCGAACGCCUCCAAUACCAAGACUGAAGGGCAUGAUCGACUUAGCCCAUUGGCUGGCUCAACGGUUUGAGAAGGAUCGGCAGACUUAUUUGGAUGACCUAAAGGCUGCGAUACGCUUGGUUCGUUCUGUUGCAUCCGCGGAAGGGGUGGACUAUUUCCAACGUGCCAAACUGCUUGUUCGAGCCAGUGAAUGGACGUCUACGCAAUAUGAAUGCGAUCAUGACCCGAGCACCCUUGACAAGUCCAUUGAAAUCCACCGUCAUGCAUUAUCUAUUGCAACUCAGUAUGAUAACCUUUGCAUUCAUUUAUUUAUGGGACUUUCAGCUGCGCUGAUUCAGCGAGCUUCGAAACGAAGACAGCCUGCAGACCUCCAGGAAGCAACUGCAACACUUACAGGGUUGCUGGAAAAGCCCUCGCUUGAUUGCAAAAAUCGAUUUGGUGUUCUGAAUAGCUUGGGUCUUGCUAUGAUAAGCCAUUUCGCGAACUCUGGAGAUAUCCAAUACCUGGGUCGUUCUAUUGAGUACUUUGAGGAAUCACUCGACCUUGCCUCAUUCAACAACUUUCCCAGCAUUGCUCCCAUUGUAAACCUUGUUCAAACUCUCCAGUCACUCACAGAGAGCUUGGAAAAGCCAUUCUACAAGGAUUACAUCGAUAAGGCAACUGGAAUUCUUGAAGUCGCAUUGCCAAACCUUGCCUGGAAAGAAUUCCCAUAUGGCACUCUGCUCCAUCCAGCAACCCUGCUCAAUGAUCACUUCAACAAAACUAAUAGACUUGAAUAUCUUGAUCGAGCUUGCAAAUUAACCCGGUUGGCUAGCUCUACAGCGCCAUUUGGUCCUGAGAGGGCUCAAUGUCUGUGCAUACUAGCGCAACGACUCCGUCUCUACUUUCGCCACACCAGCAGUAACGGGUACUUAAACGAGGCAAUCCUUACUGCAGAACGAGCUGUUGAAAUGACACCAACAGAUCACCAGCAAAAAUCUCACUUUAUGUCUGAUUUAGGGGGCCUACUCUUAGAGCGUUGGCAGACAUCGAAUAGUAGCGAAGACAUCUUCAAUGGAAGCAAAGUGCUAAAAGAAGCAUCACGACUCCUGCCAUCUACCGACCCCAACUGGCCCACCAUAAUGGAAAACACUGCUACAGCUAAUAAUUUCUUGUUUAAACGCACGGGCAAUAUCAAGUAUUUGAAUUGCGCUAUCGAUACACUCGAAAAGAUAUUAUCAAAUCACACGACUGGACAAUCAGAUAUCUAUCUAUACACUUGCUUCAAUUUAGCAAAUUUGCUUUGCAUACGGGCCCACAACAAGUGUAGAGCAGAUGAAGAGGUGGACUUGUCUUCGUGGCCGUGGACUAUGGAUUUGCGUGAAGGUGAAAGACCCUUAUCUAAUGCAUCCACAACGGAUGUUGACCGUGCACUUCAUCUCGUGAACACCGCCCUGCUAUCAAUUGACACCACUCACCCUGAAUGGGGAAGCUCCCACAAACUCCUCGGCCAUAUCUACCUACACAGGUAUAAUAUUAUUCGGAGGGCUCCCGACCUUGGCCGUGAGGCAUUUUCUGAGCUUAAUUCUGCAAUCAACGUCCAAGAGAUAGCCGUGCGUUAUUUACCGUCUACGCAUUCGUUGCGACUAGACUUGUUGGCUGAGCAUUCCGCAACAUUGCUCAUUCGACACGAGAUUACGCAUGAUUCUAGUGAUUUUCAAAAGGCAAUUCGUUGCUGCAGAGAAGCAGUUAAAGCUCGUGAAGGCAGUCCCCGAAUUCGAAUAGAAAUGGCCCAGGUCUUAGGAGCAUUGCUUCUCAAGUCCACUUCGCAUGAGGAAGCAUUUCAAGUACUGGAGGAAGCAGUCGGGUUGAUACCCAUGGCCUGUCCAAGGUCUUCCAGUAGCUAUGACAAGCAAAGUUUUCUUAGCUCGUGCUUUGCCAUAGCUUCUCAGUCUGCUGCAACGGCUUUGCACACCGGCAAAUCUGCAUCCUAUGCCCUGAAAGUGCUAGAAAAAAGUCGUGGUGUUGUAGCAGGAUCCUUCCUAGAUGCCCGGACCGAUCUCUCUGAGCUCAGGCGUAAGCAUCCGGAGCUCGCUAGAAAGUUCGAAGCACUAGCGGAGAAACUCAAUCGAGAUCCAGAUUUGAGUGAGGGUUUUCGACUAUCCAAUGCAGAGAACAACGUUUUAUCGCAGGAUACAAGCAAAUUGAACCGGAGAAUUUACAUGCAGCAAGACUUCAACCGGCUUGUUGAGACAAUACGAAGCGAGACCGGAUUGUCAAACUUCCUUCUCCCUCCGAGCGAGGAAGAGAUGAUGGAUGCAGCUUGUCAGGGAGCGAUCGUGAUGAUCAAUGUCGGUACGCGUUCUGAUGCAAUAGUCAUCGAGAAGCAUCGAAUCAGUUCUAUCAGCCUACCUUAUCUGUCCAUGGAAGUUGUGGAUCGCAUCGCUGGGGAGUUUACUAAAUCAAACUCUUACGUCCUGCAUACAUCUUCUUUCCUUCCUUCGGUGCUUGAGUGGCUAUGGGUUGUCCUUGCUCGUCCUGUCUUGGAUUAUCUGGGAUACCUACACCCCCCAGAGCAGGGACAACCGUGGCCGCACAUUUGGUGGAUCCCUACCUGGAGAUUGGUUUACUUUCCUAUCCAUGCUGCGGGGAUUCAUAACAAGAACACUGACGAGACAGUGCUGGACAGAGUAGUGUCAUCCUAUGCGUCCUCAGUCAGGUCACUCAUCCACAGUCGUCAAGGAGCUCUCCCAGAGACACCCUCCAGCACCACAAAGCCACAACAAGCGCUUCUUAUCUCCAUGCCCGAAACACCUAAACAAUCCUCCCUCCCGUUCGCCGUCAACGAAAUCACCACCAUCAAUCCCCUUGUCCAAGAGAUAGGUCUGACACCCACACACCGCGAAGGCGGAAACACAAACGAGGUUCUGCAAUUAAUGAAAAGCAGCACCAUCCUCCACUUCGCAGGCCACGGAAUGUCCCACGCCAGCGAUCCCACUCAAAGCUGUCUUUUAACUCAAGACUGGUUCACCAACCCCUUGACAGUCGAAAAGCUCAGACAAGAGAACUUACAAGACACAUCUCCGUUCCUCGCCUAUCUCUCAUCCUGCUCUACCGGAGCAAACAAAAACCUCAAGCUCGCUGACGAGACUAUCCACCUUGUCAAUGCUUGUCAGCUGGCGGGGUUUCGACAUGCCAUUGGGGCGCUCUGGGAAGUGUCGGAUCAGCAUUGUGUCGAGGUAGCGAAAGGUGUGUAUGAGACUUUGAAGGAGGAGGGGCUGACCGAUGAGGCUGUGGCUAGGGGGCUGCAUAGGGCUACUCGGAGGGUGCGUGAUAGUUGUCGGGAUUUUACGAUGAGGAAACAUGCGAGCACGGGGAUGAAAGCCAAGGAGGAGGAGGAGGACAAUAUAGAUAAACGGUUAGGCUCUUUGGAACGAGAAUUCAGAGCGUUGGGAAUUGAUGCGAAAUUGGGCGUGAAUGGCUUGGAAAGAGAUAUAGAGCCUGCCGAGGAUAGCCCUGGUUUUGAGAUACAUGCUGCUUCGUUUCUCUGGGUUCCGUACUUUCAUCACGGUGCUUAA